AGUAACCAACACACUUUAGAACGAAAUUUGAACGCCCAACUGCCCAGCAAAGUUCAGCGGCUCGAAAGUGUUAAUUAUUUCGAAAAUUAAGUGCUAAUUCGCUGAGUAAAUAGAAGACUUACAGAUACAUAAAUCAUGGGGAUGCACACUGCACAGUGUUUUUUAAUUUUCGGGACUAUGCUGCUCAUUGGCCAAUAUUGCUUUGUAAAUGGUUAUCCUCAAGCUGCUGCUAAAGCUACUGCGCUAGCCAACGCUGAUGCGGAAACCAUUGGUGCUGGUGGCGCCGGUGCAGUUGCUGUGGCAUCAGCCGAAGCAGACGCUGAUUUAAAGGGCUCGGAAACCUUUGGCUUGGGCUAUUAUUCGGGUAUUUAUGGCAGUGGUCUAUAUGGGCAUGGCGGAGGUUAUGGCGGAUAUGGGUAUGGCGGACGUUGGGGCUAUGGCGGCUAUCAUGGUUAUGGUGGAUAUGGAGGAUUUGGUGGCUAUGGCGGCGGCUACUAUCGUCGUCCCAUCUAUCCAGUAUGGGAGCCUCCAGCUUCCGACUUUGGUGAAAUAUCUGGAUCGCAAUACUGGAUUCUGAUAUUUAUGAGCCGUGUAAGGAUAAUCCUCGCUGUAUGUGUUGCGCUGGCAGUGGCACAUCCACAAGUUUACGGAGGCUAUGGCGGCGGUCAAGGUGGCCACUAUAGUCACGGUGGUCGAGGUGGUGGUCAUGGCGGACAGCAUGGAGGAUUUGGUGGUGGCUAUGGCGGACAGCAUCGAGGAUUUAGUAGUGGCCAUGGAGGAUGUGGUGUUGGCCAUGUUGGAUUAGGAGGUGGCCAAGGAGGAUUUGGUGGCAGUCAAGGUGGUGGUUACGGUUUUGGAUAUUAUUGAAAAAAUUACUCUGUUAAUAAGUCGUUAAAAUGGCCAACUUGAAUCACGUUUCGUUUAUAAGUAAAUUUUAUAAAAUACUAGCGUACCCUCGCCCGCUUCG